ACCUUUCCCUAAUCUCUCUCUCUCUCUCCCUCUCUCUCUCUAACCAACAACUGCAAACCGCCCCCUUUUCCCCAUUCCCCGUCUCCUCCCUCUCUAACCAAGUUCCAAUAACAGGGCCCAACGACAGAACCCCCUUCUCUCUCUCUCUCUCUCUCUCUGUCUCUCUCCACCUGUUCUUCACUCUCUAGAUUUUCUCCCUCUUGUCCAGCCAUCUGUUUAUCCCCCUCGACUCGAACACCUGUCUCUCUCCUCUUUCCAUGGAAAAAAGUGUAAUUAAUUAGAAAGGAACAUAGAGAGAUGGGUAAAUACAUGAAGAAGGCAAAGACAUCAGGAGAGGUGGCCCUCAUGGACUCCUAUCUCGGCGUCCGUACCCGCGCCAAAACCCUAGCUCUCCAGAAAUCCGGCGGCGGCGGGGGGUCCUACCUCCAGCUCCGCAGCCGUAGACUAGAGAAACAAACCCUAAUCUGCGAUUCCAAGAGGCAGAAGCUAACGCCCAAAGAAAGUCCUGUAUCUCACCCCAAAAACCCUAAUUUGGUGGCCGAUGAAGGGACUCGUUUGGAGACAGAGGAAAAGAAGCGCGAAGAUGUUGAUGAGGGAAUUGAAGCUUCAUUUGGCGAGAAUGUGGUGGAAUUUGAAGGUAGAGAGAGGAGUACCAGGGAAAGCACACCAUGCAGUUUAAUAAGAGAUCCAGAGAGCAUCAGAACCCCUGGUUCUACUACAAGGCCUACCAUGCCUACUGAAGCUAACAGGAGACUGCAGAAUUCCAUGCCAAGACACAUACCGACCGCAAAUGAAAUGGAUGAGUUCUUCGCUGGUGCAGAAGAAAAGCAACGACGACAAUUUAUUGAGAAGUACAACUUUGAUCUGGUGAAUGACGCACCUCUCCCUGGACGGUACGAGUGGUCGAAGCUGGAUUCAUAGGUGUUCGUGUUCGAUCAAGACUUCUUUUCUUGCAAAAUGAUCAAAAUAAUUUAGCGUAGUAGGAAACAGUUGCAUGAAUUGGCCUUUAGUUGACAUGGUAUUGGUGAUGGUGCUAUUUUCCAUCUCCGUUCUUAUUUUAACUUGUAAAGAACGACGAAGUAGGACGGCUGUCGAAGGUGAAAGAGUGUAGACCAAUGACCUGUAACAUAACAAACUAGUACUAGUACAACAAGGUCCUUGUCUAACUGAGAAUGGGGAAGGGAAUCAGGAUAUUAGGUUAGGGUUGAGUCAAUUAGGUCCAGUAGUAGGUAGGUGGGUACAGAAAUUUACUUAGAUUUAGUCUUCUCCUGUAUCUACCCUUCCCCAGUUGUUGUCUGUACAUGUAAUGAUGCAACUGUGAAUAAAGAUGACACAUUUCCCUCUGCUCA